CAAAAGCCACGACAACGGUAGCUGCAUAUGUUAAGUUCUUUGCGUGUUUUAUCCAGAACUGUUUCUAGGUCAAACGUGACCACUCUCUGUAAACUUUCUUCGCCCUUUUCUAUCGAAAUGCCUCGUGCAGAGCCGGAACCCAGACGUGGAGGCCACAGAGGUCGAGGGGCGCGCGGUCGAGCCAGAUUUUCGACAUCUUCGUCGCAACAUGCUGCUCCUGCUACGGCCAGUGCUCCUGUAACUGCGCCAGCACCCUUACCGGCGCCAAUUAUUGAUCCGGCCGCAACCACAGAAGCCAGGUUCGCAGACCUGGCAAGGGAUGGUCUCGUGGAUGCCCAGGUCAUUUCCGCUAUCACAGACGGUCUGGGUUAUCAAACGAUGACCGCCGUUCAAGAGGCCACAAUUCGACCCCUUCUCGAUGGUAAAGACUGUCUCGCGAAGGCCAAAACUGGCACGGGGAAAACAAUCGCAUUCCUUGUACCCUCCAUCCAAGCCAUUCUUCAAAAUACCGAUGUUACGAAAAACGCCACUCACGUCCGCACGCUCAUCAUCUCUCCGACCCGUGAACUCGCCAUGCAGAUUGCGACCGAAGCCAAAGCUCUCCUCACCAACUACCCCAAAAUUCGCGUGCAGACCUUCAUUGGAGGUACCAACAUGAAGACCGAAACAAAUUCAUUCCUCGGACACAACACUCCUCAGAUCGUCGUUGCCACCCCUGGCCGCCUGCAGGAUCAUCUUUCUUCGAACCCGGAGAUCAAAGCGCGCUUCCAAGCCGUUGAUUUCUUAACCCUUGAUGAAGCCGAUCGCCUCCUGGAACAAGGCUUCAAGUCCGAGAUCGACCAAAUCCAAUCCCAUCUUCCUUCGCCUUCCCAACAUCCUCGUCAGACACUCUUCUUCUCCGCCACCGUUCCUCCGCGCGUUACUGCUCUGUGCCAACAGCUUCUUGCCCCCGGAUACAGAACCAUCAGCACCGUCUCCGAGGAUGACGUCGACACUCACAGUCGUAUCCCCCAAUUCGUCCUGUCCGCCUCCAUAGAAGACCAGAUUCCCGCCACACUCGCUCUCAUCACGAAACUGAAGGCCGAAGGACCUGUCAAAGCCGUUCUCUUCUAUCCUACCGCGCGUGGAACGGGCGUCGCCCACGACACCUUCACGAGCCUCGCACGUCCUCCGAUUCCGGCCUCGUCGUGCUUCGAGAUUCACUCCCGUAAGAGCCAGAGCAACCGCACGAAAACGGCCGAGGCGUUCAAACAGGCGGAACAAGGUCUUCUUUUCUCCUCCGAUGUUUCUGCUCGCGGCAUGGACUUCCCCAACGUCACGCACGUUAUCCAGGUCGGGCUACCUUCCAGCGGAGAGGACUAUGUUCACAGACUUGGACGUACGGGCCGUGCGGGCAAAGAAGGCCAAGGCUAUCUGCUCCUCGACAAGGAUGAACAGUUCUUCGUUCGCAAAGAGCUCAAAGGUCUUCCGAUCUCUGCAGAUCCCGCCCUUCAACAAGACAUCGACAAUCGCAUGGACGAAUCUCGCCAGGCCGUCGGUACCGCUUUGACGAAGGUCGAUCCUGUCGCGAAGGGGCAAGCCUACCAGGCAUGGCUGGGAUACUACACAGGCUAUUCGAAAGAUAUGGGGUGGAGCAAGGAGGCCCUCGUCAGGAGGGCUAACGAGUACGCUAUAAAGGGCUUGGGUUGGACGGCCGAUGAGCCACCGAUGAUCACCCCGAAGGCUCUUGGGUUCAUGAACUUGAAGCCGUGGAGACAUCUGUUGAACGUUGGCGAUGUCAAGUCCAGUCACGGUCCAGGUGGUGGAGGCGGCGGACGUGGUGGUGGUGGGCGUGGGCGUGACGGUGGCCAGCAGUCGAGUUCGCGUGGUCGGGGCUCGCAGAUGGGCUUUUAUUCUUUCAACAUGACUGGAAUCAACUCAGAGGCUCAUUGGCAGCGAAUGAUUGAGACCUCUCCCUCUGCUGUGGUCGAUGUCUUCAGGCGUAAAUGGAAAGACAACCCUCGACUUAGACUUCAAGGUAACGGCCAAGACCAUGGUAGCAUUGAGAAUAUGCCUGUGGCCCUAUUCGCGGUUGGCGAGGUGGCGGGCGGAAAUUCCAGUUUGCAGUGGCAGCGUCUUUUGCGUGCCGGUAUCGCUGAAGAACUCUGCGGAUGUUUUCUUCGGGCGCCCGUCUACACGAACGAGCGGGGCGUUCAAUCGUCCGAGGUGCACUUUCCUUACCUGCAGGUGUUGACUCAGGGUUCGGGAAAUAUUGCAGAGUACUCUGGCCCUCAUAGCCAUAAAUUUGUCUCUGCGCUGAAGAAUAACUGGAAGGCUAUCACACAAAGAUUGUGGGAAGAACGUCAGUAUAUUACAGCAGCUGAUAAGCAUGAAGAAAGGAUGGUACUUGGAGCACUAGUUUCUGAUUUGAUAGAUAUCGAUUCUUCGACAUUCUCGAGGUUGGCACUCUACGUUGUUCUCUCCCAGUGCUCUCUCCUCAUUACUAUUUCUUCCAGCGUCAUGCACCCACCCGAAGACCUGACAAUAUCGCUCCUAAUGCUAUACCUCACUUGUUCAAGUCGAUCCGACGAGUUCUACGUCUGCCUUCAGUCUUUGAUCGACAUGUCUGGCGUCGACUGUCCACCAUCCACCGACAAGAAGAGCUCGCUAGGAAUGUUCGAGUACUUACAGAAUCAUCCACUUCCAAUGGAAUUUCACGCCCGAAUGCUUAUCGGCAUACAAGACCGAUCCUUCUCCUCCUUCCUCUCAAUUUACACCAAACGUCUUGCUCGACUCUCUCCAGGAUUCUUCAUGGGCGCCGUACGACUACUCUGCAUUCUUGCCGCAAAAGCCGACUGGACCUCCAGUUCAGACAGAGAAUUCUUUCACUCGCUACUCCGCUGUCAGCCACUGUUCUCGAUCCUCAUUUCCGCAAUGAUAACCCCUAUAGCAGAGACUCGGCCUCCGUCUGGACUUACGUCGACUCAGAUUCCCAUCCUAGUUCUUAUCUUGCUGGCAACGUGCUUAAAAAGCAUCUGCGAGAAUUCACCAGAGGAAAGUGAAGGGUUCUUGAGGAUAUGUAUCCACGCUCGUCUCUUUGACGGCCUUGAGAGCAUCUCGAAGCUGGACACGAGCCGUCGUGGUGAUCCGAGUCUAUUGUGGUGGGUGACUAGCAUCCUCUCAUCGAUAUGGACCCUAGUAGUCGACCGGAACCCCUCUCUAUUUUCGCUCCUUCGAGGUCAUUUCCCUCGUCCCCACCUAACCCAUGCCUGCCUGAAAAUGGCGUUCGCGCCUUCCGAUGAUCUUAAACAAUGGGUCUCUCAAGGCGAAGAUCGAGCAUACAAUAUUCGUACUACGUGGUUAUUGGUCAGCAGUUUGAACGACGGAUCUCAGCCUCAUCGUGGUUGCAUGAAACGAGGAUGCAGGGCGAAGCGUCUUUUCCGUUGUAAAGCGUGUCGGACGGCCGAGUAUUGCAGUGCUGAGUGCCAGACCUCGGAUUGGAACAGCCAUCGACUUAUGUGCGGAUUUAGGCGAGAUGGAGAGUACGGUAUGAGGGCCGUCCAAGAGUAUGAAUCAGGGCAUCUCGUCGUUGGUCGACCGGAUAGAUUUCCGUUUCGUUUUGGGAAUGUCACGUCAUGGCCACCCACUGAUUCCUCUUCUGCUCAAUAAUACUCCACAGUAGAUGUCCUUGAUCGAUUGAUCGCUCGCUGGUCUGACCGUAAUAUUCUAUAAGAUAGAUAUUCAUUAACUUAU